GUUAAACAUCGCUACGAGGGACACGCCUCUAAGGACACGCCUCUAAGGACAGUCCCAGUGGUCAUAGACAGCGGGAAGCAGAUAGACAAGAACAGAGGGCGUGCUGGAGCUCGUGAAGGAAACAAGCUACUGAAUUCUCCUCAGAGUUACUCCAGCGAGCAUCCAUGUAGCCAGCUGUUUCAACAACUCCGGGCAGUUGUGAAGAUGACCAAACCCAAAACCAAGGCCUGCCUCCACUGUCAUGGCAUGAAUGCAGCGAACCGGAAGACAUGCCAGUCAUGUUUCGCGAGCCUCUCUAUAAAGGAGCGGAUUAAGUUGAAGGAGGAGAGCUUGCGCUCUGGAGACUGGGGGGGGAAAGUGAAGGAGCACCGCAACGCAGGCAGAGUGGUGGAUUCAGCCCGUAUAUCUGUGAAGAAACUGCACGAGUUGGACUUCAAGCCUCUGCUGUUUAUGGGCAGAGAGAGGAGAGGAGGCUGCUCAGCAGAGGUCAUCACAGGCAUCGGGCCCAUACCAGAGGGACCUGUGAGGGAGAUCAUCAAGAGAAUGACUGCCCUUUAUGAAUACUUUAUUAGGAAUUACAGUGAGCUACUUGCCACGACUACAGCUCCAUCUGAUGAAGCAACACCAGCAGCAUCAGCAGCCACCUCCUCCUCUCUGGAGGAGUCCCUCCCCAUCCUAAACCUGGUCCCCGUCCCCCACCAGCCUCUUAUGACCCCCUCUCUCUCCUCUUCUCCUCAGACAAACCCUUCUCUCCCUACAACUCCUCUACCAACCCCCUCUCUUUCUUCACCUCCUCCUUUUAACUCUCCCCGUCUCUCCUCACCUCCUACGACCCUGUCUCUCCCCUCCUCUCCUCCAGCAAACCCCCCUCUCCCUUCACCUCCUCUCGCCACCCACUCUCUCCCUUCACCUCCUACUACUCAAUCUCUCUCCCCUCAUACAACCCUCUCUCUCUCCUCAUCUCCUCCAGCAACCCCCUCUCUCUCUUUCCUUCCCCCGUCUAAUCCUCCCCUCACCUCUCCUCCUGUCAAAGGCCUGAUGAGGACGAAGAAGGAAUUGCUGGGAAAAAGAAAAAGAAAUAAACACACAGGCUGCAAAAAGCACUCGUGGCAGAAGCUUUUCUUUUUUGAGAAAAUAAUAGAGAGGAGGUCAAACAAGGGAAUAGAGGAGGUCAGAGUUCACUGGAAGUCUUGUUCAGCUUGUGGCAAAGAAUGGGAGGACACCUGGGAGCCUGCUGUUAAUUUUUCUAUCUAGCUGUUACUCUAGUUAUUGUUUAAAGAAAUCUGUUUUUAUUGACUUGUUUAUAUGUAAUUGGAAAAGAUCUUGUGCACUAUAAAUGAUGUCUUGUUUGCUUCAUACUCUUUGUUCUGUGUCUAACUUCGUCCCUUUUUGUUGUAUUUUAUCAUUUUUGUGUUACUUUUCAUAAAUUCCUAUUCUUAUUUAUUUCUUAAUCUGUAUGUAUUAUUUUUGCUUUAUUAUGUAGAUAUUAAUUUAUGUAUGUUGGGGGGUUAAUAAAAACAUUUUUAAGAAAAAACUUUUUUUCAUUACCCUUGCUGGACAUUGGAAAAUAUAAAUAUGUUUUAAUGUCGGAAUGUUGAGAUAAGGCUGAGUGUUAUAAGGACAUAUUGUGCUCAUUUUCAGGCUCAGACUUUUGGUUUCUGUUAGAACGUGUGGAAAGCUUUAGACGAUACCCACCCAGACAACCUGUUCAUACCAGCUGGAAGAGAUACAGACGUACGUAUCAGCUGUCGACCCAGCAGACUUCAGAACAGCUUCUUUCCUCUGGCUUUAAAACUCCUUAAAUCAUCCUCCACCCUCCACAUAUGAUAGCGUUUUUUUGUUUUCUUGUGUAGCAA